AUGCGCGGUCCCUGUCCCGUGGGGACGUUUCACACACUGGAAACCAUUCGAGCGGGCUCUAGGCUUGCGCCUUACGUUGAGGCCUUUACUACCGUCGUGCCAGUUUGCCGCUCGUGUCACCGACUGUGUAGCCGUUGCUCUGGAUACAGUCAACUACGCAGCACUAAAACGACCCCCGGUUGCCAGGAGUGCAACGGCUACUGGUUCGAGGACAAAUGCGUCGAGGAGUGCCCUGAAGACGCAACAUUUCAAGUGUCACUGGUGGAGGAGUUGAAGCACCUGGAAGGAUUCAGUUCAUCGAAAGUGCAACUGUCACAGAGCGGUGGUCUACAUCUCCGAGGUCCUACCAACCCCAGACGGUCAGUACUGUGGACCCGGCAUAUAGACGGUACUACUGGAAAACGCGACUCUAAGAGCUUUACCGUCGAAUUCGAAUGCCUACCUGACUGCCCGGAAAGUCUUCCCUUCAAGGUCUUUGACCCGCUCACCGGAGAGCAGGCCUGUUACGCCUCAGCGCCCAAUCCCACUGACCCCGAAUCUCAUCCCGUGGCAAGGGGUGGCCAUAUGAAUCAACCAAGACGGGGUCUCUUCUUGGGCGUUGGGGCCAUCGUGUUCUUGAUCAUGCUUUCCAUCAUUUUUGUCUGUGCUGUAAUCGCCUGCGCACCGCGAGUCUUUCAUCCUGGGGACGCCACCGAGAAGACACCC